CUGAUCCUUGGCCUUUCUCUCUUGUUUUCUUAUAGCUACUAACCUCUUUAAUUUCUCUCGUGGUCCGUCCCUUUUCGGGACACCACACAUCGCAGGAGUUUUUAGCACACCAGGCUGUUUUUUUGUAGUAUUGAUUCUUGAUUUAUAAGGAGAUAUGGGUCAUAACCAUCAUCUGAAUUUCCAUUUUCAUUUUCAUCAUCAUGGCCAUGGCCAUGGCCAUGGGAAGAGGGAAUUGAAGGAUAUCCCAAAAGGGUGUCUGGGAAUAACUGUAGGACAAGGUGAAGAGCAGCAGAGGUUUGUGAUACCAGUGAUAUACAUCAAUCAUCCCCUGUUUAUGCAGCUGUUGAAGGAAGCAGAGGAAGAAUAUGGUUUUGAUCAUAGUGGACCUAUUAAUAUUCCUUGUCAUAUUGAAGAAUUUCGACAUGUUCAAGGGAUUAUUGACAAGGAAACUACUUCACACCACCACCAUACUCACAACCCCUGCUGCUUUAAAGCCUGAUUUUCCCCCCAAAUUAUUGUUAGAAUACUAUACUACUUUUUGACUCAAAUUUUUAUUUGUACUUGGUUUUUCUUUGUGUUUUUUCUGUUUCCCAAGAUGUUCAUAGACAUAUUUGUGGUGAAAGACGAUGGCGAAAAUUGAAUAAUAUUAUAGUAUUGAAUUUUUGUUGUUUA